GUUACAAAUUGAUCAGUGCGGAAUUAAAUUGUAUUAAAUUAUAACACUCGACAAUUAUCUUAAAUUGUACGAAAAAUGUUAAAACCACUUUUUAUUAUAUAUCUUUCAUUAAUAAGCAUUUACGGAGAAAAAGUGAAAUAUACAAAUUACAGUUUGUAUAAAGUGUUACCAAAAAAUUUUGAUCAAUUGCGUAUACUUCAAGAAUUACAAAAUGGUGACAGUAAAUACGAUUUUUGGAGUCAUCCAAAAUCUUCCCUUGAUUACGUCUCAAUAUUAUCCAGUCCUGACAACAAAGAUGUGUUGGAAAGUGUUUUAAAUGAGAAUGAAAUUAAUUAUGAAAUAAAAAUAAGAAAUAUACAAGAUAUAAUAGAUAAGGAUGUGGUUAGAACAUAUUCAAGAGAUAAGGUUAGAAUGGAGUGGUCAGCAUAUUACAAGCUUGAUGAUAUUUAUAAUUGGUUAGAUGAUCUAGCUGCGGUAUAUCCCUCAGUAGCAAGUAUAAUUGUUGGCGGUACUUCAUACCAGGGGAGAGACAUUAAAGGAAUAAAGAUAUCCCAUGGUUCUGGCAGAAAGGCUAUAUUCAUAGAAGGUGGUAUACAUUCUCGAGAGUGGAUUUCACCAGCUACUAUCAACUUUAUCACUAACGAGUUGCUUACUAGUAAUGAUACAGAAACUCAAUCCGCUGCAAGAGAUUUCGACUGGUAUAUAUUCCCUGUCAUUAACCCUGAUGGUUACGUUUGGGCACAUAAUGCAGAAAGAUUAUGGCGAAAAAACAGACGACCGUAUGGCAAUAGCAUUGGUGUCGAUUUGAAUCGAAAUUGGAAUAAUAACUGGCUAAAGAAAGGUGCUAGUAGCAAUCCAUCGUCAAACAACUACGCUGGACCGGGCCCAUUUUCGGAAAUAGAAUCGAGAUCGCUCUCAGCUUAUCUGACAACGAUUGGUGACAAGAUAGACUUAUAUCUAUCAGUCCAUUCGCAUGGACAGUUGCUGAUGUUGCCAUUUGGCAACUCAACAGAACCUCUGGCUAAUUAUUACGAUGCGUUAAAUAUUGGUAGACGCGCUAUGGGAGCACUCUCCGUUAGAUACGGAACUCAGUACACUACUGGAACCAUAGCAGAGACUAUACGUAUGGCCACAGGUUCUACUGUUGAUUGGGUGAAGGAACAGCUACGUAUUCCUCUUGUCUAUGCAUUUGAACUUAGAGAUCGUGGAACUUACGGCUUCUUAUUGCCAGCUGAUCAAAUUCUGCCAUCUGGUGAAGAAACGAUGGACUCUAUUCUUGAAAUAAUACAUCAGGCUAGAAGAUUUGGAUAUUUAAAAAACUAGAGGUAUAGUGGUAACAAACUACAGAAUAAUGACGUCAGAUACGAUUUCUGGACAGAUCCAGGGCCGUACGCUGAUUUCGUAUCGGUUAUGUCAAGUCCAAAAGACAAGGCCGAUUUGGAAGACUUUCUAACGCAACACGGAAUAAAAUUUGAUAUUCCCGUAUUGAAUAUUCAAGAGGCGAUUGAUAAAGAACCAGUAAAAAAGUACACAAGGAGAAACACUAGAUCAAUGACAUGGGAUGGAUACUACCAACUUACAGAUAUUAAUGCGUGGUUAGAUGAUCUAGCAUAUCAAUACCCAGACUCAGUGGAAGUUAUCAAGGGAGGAGAAACAUAUCUAGGUCGAGAUAUCAGAGGUGUAAGAAUUUCACACGGUUCCGGUAGAAAAGCUAUAUUUAUCGAAGGUGGAAUACAUUCUAGAGAAUGGAUUACAGUGGCCACAGUGUGUUACAUCAUUUCUCAGUUAUUAACAAGCAAUGACUCUGAGGUCCAAGGAAUUGCACGUGAUUUCGAUUGGUACAUUUUCCCAGUAACAAAUCCUGAUGGUUAUGAAUGGACCUACCAAGCAGAUAGAAUGUGGCGCAAAAACAGACGGCCGAUAAAUGCCAAUGCGUACGGUGUAGACCUAAACAGAAAUUGGAACAAUAAUUGGCUAGUAUUUGGUGCUAGCACAAAUCCAAAUUCACAAACUUAUCCUGGACUGGGACCAUUCUCUGAGCCCGAAACGAGAACUUUAUCCACAUUUAUCAGAAGUAUAGGCAAUCAAAUAGACGUGUAUCUGUCCUUCCAUUCGUUUGGUCAACUUUUUAUGGUGCCGUUUGGCAACUCCACUGAGCCAUUGGCUAAUUAUCGAGAUGCGGUAAAUAUUGGCAGAAGAGCUAUGGGUGCUUUAUCAUCUAGGUAUGGAACUAUGUACAGGACUGGAAACAUAGCUGAAACUAUUUAUCAAGCCACUGGCGGCAGUGUGGACUGGGUGAAGGAACAGUUAAAGGUACCUCUUGUCUACUGCUACGAGCUCCGUGACCAGGGUCAGUUUGGGUUCAAUUUGCCACCAAAUCAAAUCUUACCGACUGGCGAGGAAACUUUGGAUUCUAUAGUAGAACUCAUACUACAGGCUAGAAGAUUUGGUUAUUUGAAUUGAAAACAUAGACUCGGUGGGAUCUAUGCUUGAUUUUUAUUAUUCUGAUAUUAAUUACAAUAAAUAAAACUGUACUAAAUUAAUAAUGAAACGAUAUUCAAUUGAAUUUACGACCUUAAUAAUCAUUAAAGUAAUAGAUUAGAUUUAGAAAUA